AUGAUGUACAACAAAAUAAGAUAUUCCUGUGUGUCCAAGGUUUUUUUAGUUUUAGGAAGCUAUUAUUUUAUUAAUAAUAAUAACAGUAAGAAGAGUAUUAAAAAAAAGAAUGAUUAUACUAUUUGUAAACAAAAAAAUUAUUUUAAUUAUUUUAGUAAUAUACAUUUUUGUGAAAAUAAGCAUGAAAAAGUAUACUUGUUUGGUGAUAAACGUUGUUUAAUCAAAGAGACAAAGGAAGAUGGAGAAUGUCCUUUCUUUGAAAGAAAUAAAAUUAGAGUAAAAAAAAUAUCUUUUGGUAAUUGUAUAGCUAGCUGUAUAACAGAAAAUGAUGAAAUUUAUAUUUGGGGUUCCUAUGAAAAGAAGGAUGAAGAAAAUAAAGAGUUGAUUUAUAUUGAUCCAUUAAAAAUAGAUAGCACUGAAUGUAUUAUUGAUAUACAAUUUUCAAAUAAGGAUAUAUAUCUUAUGACUAAAAAAGGAGAAUUAAAGAUUAUAAGAAAUUAUAAGAAAUGUUUAAAAAAUAAAGAAUUUGUAAUUGAAAAUUUUUAUAAAAGUAAAUAUAACUUUUUCUUUUUUAAAAAUGAAAAGAUAAUAAAAAUGAGUGUAAAUAAAUAUCAUUUAGCAUUUAUUACAAAUAAAGGAAAUGUCUAUUGUUCAGGUAAUAAUUUUUAUGGUCAAUGUGGAAAAGAACCAUCCUUAAAAAAUAAUUUAAAUUUAAAUUAUAAUUUUGAAUUCGCAAAUAAUAUAAAUACAUAUGGUACAUUUAAUUCAGUACACAAUCAAGAUAAAGGUUAUGUACAGGAUGGGGGUUAUUAUUCUCCUGAUUAUUUACCAAUGAUUAGAGAUCAUGAAUUUAAUAGAUUGAUAGAAAAUGAAAAAGAAGAAAACAAAAAUGAAUAUUCCAUAAGUAUAUAUGGAAUUAAUAAAAAUGAAAAGGUGAAGAAUAUAAAAAAUAAUAUAUCAUUAAAUAUAAUUAAUGAUGAAGAUUUAGAUAACCAAUUUGGUGAGUUUUCUUCUUAUAAUGAUAAUAUUAAUAUGGAUGGAAAGAAAAAUGGAAAGGUAGACACAAAAAAAGAUGAAAUAAAAAAUAUGAAUAGUUUAAAUAAUAAUUAUUUAAAUAAUUCUGUAGAUUCAUAUAAUCAUUUUAUUUAUUCACCAGAUGAUGUUAUAAACAAUAAUGUUGAUAUGAACAAAGUAGAAUUCAAGGAGAAGAUUAGAAUUGUUGAUAUAUCGUGUGGUUUAAAUCAUACCUUAUGUUUAGAUGAUAAAAAUAAUGUAUACAGUUUUGGAGAUGAUAGUAAGAUUCAAUUAGGGUUAGGAGAAAGUCGAACAAAUAAAAAUUCUUUAGCCGGAACAAAAUGGAAAGAUCAAAUAAAACUUGGAUAUACAUCUGCAACAAAAAAUGCAACGAAUUAUUCUUUUUAUGAUAGACAUAUACAAAGUAGUCCCCAAAAAAUUAUGAAAAAAAUUAAUGAUAACGAAAUAAUAAAUGAUAUAUAUAAAAUCAAUGCUGGUUCCAAUUUCUCUAUGAUCUUUUCAAAUGAUAAAUUUGGAAAACAAUUAUUUUGUUUUGGUGAUAAUAAAUAUUUCCAAUGUGGUCGACAUUUAGGAAAACAUCAACAAACGUUAUCAACUGUUAAAUUACCAAAUAAUAAAAUAAAUGAUUUUGCUUGUGGUGAUACCCACUGUUUAUUAAAUUUAAAUAAUCAAGUAUAUGGAUGGGGAUAUAAUGAUAAUAAUCAAAUUUCUCCAUAUAAAAAUAAAGGAAUCAUAAAUAUACCAGUCAAUAUUUUGGCUGACUCCAAAAAAAAUCAACCUCAUUUUGAUAUAAAAUAUAUUAAUGCAAAAUAUAACAAUUCGGUAAUUAUAAUUUCAUAUGCAUGA